AAACUUCCGGUUAUCAACACCCUCUGGCGAGUAAUGUGAACCUGUAUGAAGCUGUCGAUAAUGAUAUGAAAACUGUGCAGCUUUGGAUGCAUACAUCUGACUUUAUGGUUUUCCAAUUACGCUGAUUGAUGCAUUAAGGAAAAGGCUAGAACUGCAACUAUGUUCGGCCUGGCCGGAGUAAGAAGGCCCUGGCAGCCUGUUAUGAGACGCCUGUUUAAGUCUUGCUUCUGCGGCCACAGAGGGUGUGUGCAUGUUACCAGCAAGAGGGCACUUGUCACCAAGUUCAGAUCACCUCUCCUGACUACUUCUUCAACUUAUAGAGUUCCACAUGGUAGAUUGCAGCUUGCUCGCAGAUUAUGGGUACCUUCUCAGAGCUUUCUGCUUCCCAGCUCCUCCACUUGGAAUCAGACAGGACUGACAGCUACUGGCAUCUAUGGCAAUACGAAUAGGUUAACUGUGUGCAGGAAUGCCAGUCAAGACCAGUAUUCUAAGUUUGGACAUGGAAGACAACAGAAAGUGACUAAAUGGGCUUGUGCAUACUACGUCUUUUUGGUUGGAGGGAUUAUAUUGUGUUUUGGAUUUGAUUGGUCCGAUGCAAUUAUGAAAUGGGCAAAGUUAGAUGCAGCCGCCCCUGAAGUACAGAAUGAGAGACAGUUAUCAGAGGUCGAGUCUGGGGAUGAGGAAGAGGAUGAGAGUGGGAAGAAGAAGAAACGUAAAGUUGGUUUUCGAGAUAAGAGGAUAAUUGAGUAUGAGAAUCGUAUCAGAGCAUACUCAACCCCUGACAAGAUCUUCCGCUACUUUGCCACGCUGGUGGUGAAGAAAGAGAGCGGAGAUCAGGAGGUGCUUAUGACACCUGAGGAUUUCGUACGCUCACUAACACCGGGGAUAAAGCAACCAGAAGGCUUGGGAUUGGAUCAGUUUAAGAAGUUUGACCCCAAGAAGGACACCUUGUCGAAAAGUUCCCUAAAGUUCAUGAACCUUGAGCCAGACAGCAUCUUUGCCAAACUUGGACAGUCUGGGCUGAUCUCAUUUUCUGAUUACCUAUUUCUGCUGACUGUACUCUCUACUCCACCCAGAAACUUUGAGAUUGCUUUCCGAAUGUUUGAUUAUAAUGGAGAUGGUGAUUUGGAAUCAACGGAGUUUGGAAUGGUGGAUGACUUACUGAGGAAGCAAACAAGUGUAGGGAUGAGACAUCGGGAUCACUCCACCACUGGCAGCGUAGACAAAGGCAUGGACUCCGGCCUAUUUACCUACUUCUUUGGUGAAGAUGGAAAUCAAAAACUGACUGUAAAAGAUUUCUUAGACUUUCAGAGGGGACUUCAGAGUGAAAUUCUUAAAAUAGAGUUUGAGCGCCAUGAACCAGUGGAUGGGAAGAUCACAGAGAGAGAUUUUGCUGGCAUUCUGGUGGCCUAUGCUGGAUUCCCUGACAGCAAGAGGUUAAGGAUGUUAAAGAGGGUGAAGAAGGCAUAUAAGGAAGAGCCACAGGGAAUAACUUUUGAGGAGUUCAUCAACUUCAUGACGUUUUUGAAGUGUAUCAAUGACGUGGACACAGCUUUGAGUUUUUAUCAUCUAGCAGGCGCUUCAAUUGACCAGGUGACCCUGAAGCAUGUGGCUAAGACAGUUGCCCAUGUGAACCUGUCAGACCAUGUAGUGGGUGUGGUCUUCACACUUUUUGAUGAAAACAAUGACGGUCACUUGAGUAACAAAGAGUUUGUAUCUGUGAUGAAGCAGCGACUUAUGCGAGGCCUGCAGAAGCCUAAAGACACCGGACUUGUCAAACUCAUUGAUGCCGUGUGGGCAUGUGCCAAGAAGUCUCAGAGCCAAACAACUUUGGAAUGACUCAUCUCUUCUUAUAUCUGAACAUAAAAGUUGGUUUCUGCGAAUGACUUGUAUAUGGAUUUUACUGAAUGUUUGAAUGCAUGUUUCAAAAUCUGGGAAUGUUAUUUGUUGUACAUAAAUCUGUCCAUGUAUAUUUAUAUAUUCCUGUGGGUAGAGAUGAAGUUUUCGUAUUGGCAGGGCACAAAUUGUUCAUAUUCAAGUACCUUUGUCUUCACUCUUUUUUACGUCUCAAAGCAAUUGAUUUUUUUGAAGGGACUUAUUUUUGGAAUGAUGUAUUUUGUCAUAGUGAUACAGAAUGGUAUGUACAAAGCAUUCUUUCAAAUUUCGGCAUAUUCUGAUCCAGUGUUUUUAUUUCCUUUUUCGUUUAUAUGUAGGUCUGUUUAUGGAAAGAAUAUUGUUUUGUUAUGUAUAAAAGGUACCUGUCACCUUGCAGGUUAUUUGUGAGCCAGUGAGUCGAUAAUUUGUUUUUAUAUGGAGCUUAUGUAUAAAUCUGCAUGUCUUGUAGGACAUACAUGUAGUCAUGGGAUGUGUCAUGUAAAAUGUACAUGCUUUACUUGUGAUUACCCUAGAUUAACAAUCCGCACAACAGCAGGUACGUUAUACCACUCCCCUCACAAGCCAGGACAUUUUUGGUCAAUGAAAAAUUACACAAACACAUUACCAUUUGUACUGCCUUAUUGUUCCUUUGGUGUUGAAUAAAACAGAAGGAACUUCAAACACUGGCUUUGUGUUCAGUACAUCAUUGGCUAUUCUUAAUAUGUUUAAAACUCUGCACGACUGGCUUUUAAGAAUGAAUAUAAUACAGGUACUUAAGUUUACAAGCAGUGUUGCUUGAACUAUUUCUGGUCAUUGUGGUCCAUUAUUGACGGUAAUUAGUCUGUAUUGAGUGUUCCAUUUAUUCCCUGUUAACUAACUGGAGAAACUUGAGACCACUGACUAAUUAUUCCAUUGACCAUCAGUGAGACCGACAUCAGUGAAGCAUAUGUUAG